AUGGCGGCGCCGUGGGGCCGCGGCGUCGCUUCCUGACUGGGCGGUGCGGACGGACGCGUAUGGUGCCGGCGUGGACGCCGGGCCCUCAGCUUCGCUCGCCCGCCUGCUUGCGCCAUCCGCCCGCGGGGCUGCUAGCCCCCGCUGGGCCGGGGCCAUGCAGGAGAGCCAGACCAAGAGCAUGUUCGUGUCCCGGGCCCUGGAGAAGAUCCUAGCCGACAAGGAGGUGAAGCGGCCCCAGCACUCCCAGCUGCGCAGGGCCUGCCAGGUGGCGCUCGAUGAAAUUAAAGCAGAAAUAGAAAAGCAAAGGCUUGGUGCUACCGCACCACCAAAGGCAAACUUCAUUGAAGCUGACAAGUAUUUCCUUCCAUUCGAGCUGGCUUGCCAGUCCAAGUCCCCACGGGUGGUCAGCACAUCCCUCGACUGCUUGCAGAAACUCAUCGCAUAUGGGCACAUCACCGGCAAUGCCCCCGACAGUGGAGCCCCUGGGAAGCGGCUGAUUGACAGGAUCGUUGAAACCAUUUGCAAUUGUUUUCAAGGCCCUCAGACCGAUGAAGGAGUUCAGUUACAAAUAAUUAAGGCUCUUCUGACUGCAGUGACAUCCCCGCACAUUGAAAUUCACGAGGGUACUAUCCUGCAGACGGUCAGGACAUGUUACAAUAUCUAUUUGGCCAGCAAAAAUCUCAUCAAUCAAACCACUGCAAAGGCUACUCUUACUCAGAUGCUGAACGUCAUUUUCACCCGCAUGGAAAACCAAGUGUUGCAGGAGGCCAGAGAAUUGGAAAAACCAAUCCAUUCGAAACCCCAGUCCCCUGUGAUCCAAGCUGCAGCAGUGUCCCCAAAGUUCAAUCGUUUGAAGCAGAGCCAGGCACACAGCAAACCAACAACUCCUGAGAAGACAGAUUUAACCAAUGGUGAACAUGGCAGGAGUGGUUCUGGAAAAGUGAGCGCACAGAAUGGAGAUGUGCCCAGAGAGAGAGACCCGUCGCUAUCAGGGACAGAAGAUGGAGCUCAGGAAGUGGUGAAGGAGAUCUUAGAAGGUGUGGUCACGUCUGCAGUUAAAGAAGCAGCACAAAAGCACGGUCUUACGGAGCCUGAGAGGGUCCUGGGUGAACUGGAGUGCCAGGAACAUGCCGCCACCCCAGCAGCUGGCGAAAACUCACAGACCAAUGGGAUAGCGGACGACAGGCAGUCCUUGUCGUCGGCUGAUAAUCUGGAAUCAGAUGCACAAGGACAUCCAGUGGCCGCCAGGUUCUCGCACAUUCUGCAGAAGGACGCCUUCCUCGUGUUUCGCUCCCUGUGCAAGCUGUCCAUGAAACCCCUGGGCGAAGGUCCCCCAGAUCCAAAAUCCCACGAGCUGCGCUCCAAGGUAGUUUCCCUGCAACUCCUCCUCUCCGUGUUGCAGAACGCUGGCCCGGUCUUCAGGACUCACGAGAUGUUCAUCAAUGCAAUCAAGCAAUAUCUCUGCGUGGCGUUGUCCAAAAACGGCGUCUCCUCAGUGCCUGAUGUCUUUGAGCUCUCUCUUGCCAUUUUUCUUACUCUUCUUUCAAACUUUAAAAUGCACUUGAAGAUGCAGAUAGAGGUCUUUUUCAAAGAGAUUUUCCUGAACAUUUUAGAAACAUCAACAAGUUCUUUUGAGCACAGGUGGAUGGUCAUUCAGACCCUGACAAGGAUCUGUGCAGAUGCCCAGUGUGUUGUAGAUAUUUAUGUCAACUACGACUGUGAUUUAAAUGCUGCUAACAUUUUUGAGCGCCUCGUAAACGAUUUAUCCAAAAUCGCUCAGGGAAGAAGUGGACACGAGCUGGGAAUGACACCUCUGCAGGAGCUCAGUCUGAGGAAGAAAGGCCUGGAGUGCCUCGUGUCCAUCCUCAAGUGCAUGGUGGAGUGGAGCAAAGACCUGUAUGUGAAUCCCAACCACCAGGCCAGCCUCGGUCAGGAGAGGCCCACGGAUCAGGAAAUGGGGGACGGGAAAGGCCUUGACAUGGCGAGACGGAGCAGUGUGACAUCCAUGGAGUCCAUGGUGUCCUCGGGGACUCAGACGGCCGUCCAGGAUGAUCCGGAACAGUUUGAGGUCAUCAAGCAGCAAAAGGAGAUGAUUGAACACGGCAUUGACCUGUUCAACAAGAAACCCAAGAGAGGGAUCCAGUAUCUCCAGGAGCAGGGCAUGCUGGGAACGUCAGUUGAAGACAUUGCCCAAUUCCUGCACCAGGAGGAGCGCCUCGAUUCUACCCAAGUAGGUGAUUUUCUGGGAGAAAGCAUGAAGUUCAACAAGGAGGUGAUGUAUGCCUAUGUGGACCAACUUGACUUCUGUGAAAAGGAGUUUGUCUCAGCCCUGCGGACGUUUCUAGAAGGUUUCCGCCUACCUGGGGAAGCUCAGAAGAUUGAUCGGUUAAUGGAGAAGUUUGCUGCAAGAUACAUAGAGUGCAACCAGGGGCAGACUCUAUUUGCUAGUGCUGACACUGCAUAUGUCCUAGCAUAUUCAAUUAUUAUGCUAACUACAGACUUGCACAGCCCUCAGGUAAAAAAUAAAAUGACAAAAGAGCAGUAUAUUAAAAUGAAUCGGGGUAUCAACGAUAGUAAAGAUCUGCCUGAAGAAUAUCUCUCAAGCAUCUAUGAAGAGAUAGAAGGCAAGAAAAUUGCGAUGAAAGAAACAAAAGAACACACGAUUGCAACCAAAUCUACUAAGCAGACCGCUCCCCAUCGCUCGCAUUACCGCCUGAGCUCCGCCUCCUGUCAGCAGUAUGGUGUCGCUAGUGAAAAGCAGCGACGGCUACUAUACAAUUUGGAGAUGGAGCAAAUGGCUAAAACAGCCAAAGCCCUGAUGGAAGCUGUGAGCCACGCCAAAGCCCCGUUUACGAGUGCCACUCACCUGGACCACGUCCGGCCAAUGUUCAAACUGGUGUGGACGCCACUGUUGGCAGCCUACAGCAUCGGACUGCAGAACUGUGACGACACUGAAGUGGCCUCCCUGUGUUUGGAAGGCAUCCGAUGUGCAAUCCGGAUUGCCUGCAUCUUUGGAAUGCAGCUGGAACGAGAUGCCUAUGUUCAGGCUCUUGCGCGCUUCUCCCUGCUGACGGCCAGCUCCAGCAUCACAGAGAUGAAGCAGAAGAACAUCGACACCAUAAAGACGCUCAUCACGGUGGCUCACACGGACGGCAACUACCUCGGGAAUUCCUGGCAUGAGAUCUUGAAAUGCAUCAGCCAGCUGGAGCUCGCUCAGUUGAUAGGAACUGGUGUGAAGACGCGCUACCUGUCUGGGUCCGGGCGUGAAAGAGAAGGGAGCCUGAAGGGCCACACGUUGUCGGGAGAAGAGUUCAUGGGCCUUGGCCUUGGUAAUUUGGUGAGUGGUGGAGUGGACAAAAGACAGAUGGCCAGCUUCCAGGAAUCGGUCGGUGAGACCAGCUCACAGAGUGUGGUCGUAGCUGUAGACAGAAUUUUUACUGGCUCUACCAGACUGGAUGGAAAUGCAAUAGUUGACUUUGUCCGCUGGCUGUGUGCCGUGUCCAUGGAUGAGCUGGCUUCCCCCCACCACCCCCGCAUGUUCAGCUUGCAGAAGAUUGUGGAGAUAUCCUACUACAACAUGAAUCGGAUCCGACUACAGUGGUCCCGAAUAUGGCAUGUGAUUGGAGACCACUUCAAUAAGGUUGGCUGUAACCCCAAUGAGGAUGUGGCUAUCUUUGCUGUUGACUCAUUAAGGCAGCUCUCCAUGAAGUUUCUUGAGAAGGGAGAAUUAGCCAACUUCCGUUUCCAGAAAGAUUUUCUGAGGCCCUUUGAGCAUAUCAUGAAGAAAAACAGGUCUCCAACCAUCCGGGACAUGGUGAUCCGCUGCAUCACCCAGAUGGUAAACUCCCAGGCGGCCAACAUCCGCUCAGGCUGGAAGAACAUCUUCGCCGUGUUCCACCAGGCCGCCUCGGAUCAUGACGGGAACAUCGUGGAGCUGGCGUUCCAGACCACAGGCCACAUCGUCACAACCAUUUUCCAGCAUCAUUUCCCUGCAGCCAUCGAUUCCUUUCAGGAUGCUGUGAAGUGCUUAUCAGAGUUUGCCUGCAAUGCUGCUUUCCCUGACACUAGCAUGGAAGCCAUCCGGCUCAUCCGCUUCUGUGGGAAAUAUGUCUCUGAGAGGCCUCGGGUACUGCAAGAAUACACAAGCGACGACAUGAAUGUGGCUACUGGCGACAGAGUCUGGGUCCGAGGCUGGUUCCCCAUCCUCUUUGAGCUCUCCUGCAUCAUUAACAGAUGCAAGCUAGAUGUACGGACAAGAGGGCUCACGGUCAUGUUUGAGAUCAUGAAGAGCUAUGGCCAUACCUUCGAAAAGCACUGGUGGCAGGACCUGUUCAGAAUCGUGUUCAGGAUUUUUGACAAUAUGAAACUCCCCGAGCAGCAGUCGGAGAAAUCUGAGUGGAUGACAACAACUUGCAAUCAUGCACUUUAUGCUAUUUGUGAUGUAUUUACCCAGUUCUAUGAAGCUUUGAAUGAAGUUCUUCUUUCUGAUGUAUUUGCACAGUUGCAGUGGUGUGUAAAACAAGAUAAUGAGCAAUUGGCUCGCUCAGGUACAAAUUGCUUAGAAAACUUAGUAAUAUCCAAUGGAGAGAAAUUCAGUUCUGACGUCUGGGACAAAACAUGCAAUUGUAUGUUGGAUAUUUUCAAAACAACCAUCCCACAUGUUUUGCUGACAUGGAGACCUGUAGGAAUGGAAGAAGAUCCAUCAGAAAAACAUUUGGAUGUGGAUCUGGACCGCCAGUCUUUAAGCAGCAUAGAUAAAAAUGCCUCUGAGAGAGGCCAGAGCCAACUCUCUAACCCGACCGAUGACAGCUGGAAAGCUAGACCGUAUGCAAAUCAGAAACUGUUUGCCAGCCUCCUCAUCAAGUGUGUGGUCCAGUUGGAAUUGAUACAGACCAUUGACAACAUCGUGUUCUAUCCUGCAACGAGCAAAAAAGAAGAUGCAGAGCACAUGGUUGCUGCCCAGCAAGAUACGCUGGAUGCAGAUAUCCAUAUAGAGACAGAGGACCAGGGCAUGUAUAAGUGCAUGUCUUCCCAGCACCUCUUCAAGCUCUUAGACUGCUUGCAGGAGUCCCAUUCAUUCUCAAAGGCCUUCAACUCCAAUUACGAGCAACGGACAGUCCUGUGGCGAGCAGGUUUUAAGGGCAAGUCUAAACCCAACCUUCUAAAACAAGAAACCAGCAGCCUGGCCUGUUGUUUGAGGAUCCUGUUUCGAAUGUAUGUCGAUGAGAACCGCAGGGAUUCCUGGGAAGAAAUACAGCAGCGACUUUUAACUGUGUGCAGCGAGGCGCUGGCCUAUUUCAUCACGGUGAACUCUGAAAGCCAUCGGGAGGCCUGGACAAGUCUCCUGUUGUUACUUCUAACAAAAACCCUCAAAAUAAACGAUGAAAAGUUUAAAGCACAUGCUUCAAUGUACUACCCCUACUUGUGUGAAAUUAUGCAGUUUGACCUGAUUCCUGAGCUCCGAGCAGUUCUGCGGAAGUUCUUCCUAAGGAUAGGUGUUGUGUAUAAGAUAUGGAUUCCAGAAGAGCCAUCCCAGGUACCAGGGACCCCGUCACCAAUAUGGUAGCCCUGGCCCCUCCGGGCCACUGCUGCAGCUCUGCAGCACUGUCACCACACCGCCUCUGCCUGGCACAUCUCGGGAAGGGUCAGAGCGUAGAAAGUCGGCAUCCUGGAGCUCAGAAUGGCCUGGAUAAAGAUGGUUCCAUCAGAGUCCCCGACAGGCGUUGUGGUAUUUCCCUAAACUGUUGUGCACCCAGUUAACACAGUAGGUGGGGAGUCUGUCUCAUCUCUGUCGUUCCACUUUACCGAUUGAACUGCCUGUCACAUCUGUCAUUGCAUUUGCCGUCAUUCUCAAGCAGAGUCCCACGAUUGGCUGUAGAUGUUCUGUCAGAGGAAGUCGCUCUCCUUGAAGAUACUGAACAUAGCUGUAUAGGUUCGUGAUUAUUAGAGAGUAUGUUAAUAAAAUUACUUGUAACGGCUAAGUGCCACCUAAAAUAUGCUGGGAUCUUUUGUUGUUUGAGUGUGCUAGAGAAGUUUGAGUGUUUUUGUCAGUUGUGAGUCAGCUGUAGUUAUAUUAGUUUGGGGAAAGGUAGGGGGGAAAGGGUUGGUUUUUGGGGGGGGCUUUUUUUUUCUGUUUCGUUUGUUAACGUCUGGGUGAUUUUUAAAGCAUUUGACAAAAAAGAUAUUACUGAGGAUUUGAUUGAAGGCAGAGUUUAGUAAUUAAGUUAGAAUUAAGAGCUUGCAAGGUUUAGAAAACAAAUGUAGUGCCUCCUGGCUCUCCCUGUUUUAGUAACUGGGGGAGAAAAAGUCUAUAGGAAAAAGUCAACAAUUGAAUGAAGAUGAUUAGUCCUUCAUUGAAAUAAGUAUUUGUGGAGGGGUAUUAACAUUUCCAGAAUACAGUGUCCAUCUAAUAUAUGAAGCAGUAACAAAAGUGAAGUAGUAAUUUAAGAGAAUUAGUUUAUAUCUGGUAACCCUUUUCUUUGUACCUCGGGAUAGCGAGCGUACCAGUGGUUAGUGUCCCUGCUUGGGCCCAGUCCCCACGCAAGGUCCCUCCAGAGAGAGGGGCUGGGGGCUCUGCGUGAGAAGGGUGGCUCCUGUGAGCCUCCCCCAGCCACGUGUCACGGGUUGAACCCGAGCAGACCUGUGCUGUUGUGGGCCAGCACAGCUGACCGUGACCUUGGCAGGAGGUGGCCUGUGUUCAGUGCUUCCGUUAAUUUGAACCAGGGAGCUGAGUUCUUUGGAAGGGUUAGAUUCUGGGGUCCCUAUCACAUUAAUGACGGUGCAAUACUCUCAGCUGCAGUAGAACUGAAUUCUGGUGCAGCUUGUGUAAAAGCUGGUGGUCUAGGAAUACAGCCUAAGGCCUGCAAGCAGUAGAUUUGGGAGCUGAAUUUUAUUCUGAGUCAGUGAGAAAGAACACAGGCUUCAUCUCUGCCCUCUCAUCCCCUGCUCACCGAGAGCAGCACUCAACGUUAGAAGCGUUGCAGAGUUUUUAAAACAUGGAGACUGCUCCCUACGCCCUGUAGUCCUGUAAAUUGGGUUGUAUUGAUGUCAACUCUGGUGCCUUAGAAGUUAGUAAGUUGGGAACCUAUCUGAACAAUCGGAUAGUUUUUCUUUAUAGAGAAGGAUUUCUGGUGCUUUUGUUUACUAAGAGCCCGAUUUCUUACAUUUUUUGUGUUCUAACAGCCUUGAGCAAUGUUUGGUUUUGGCCAGCAGUAGUACUCUGUCUACUUUCUUCUUUCCUCAAAAGUGUUUUAAUUUCUCUACCAAAGAAAAAAAAGAGCAGGUUUAGGUUUUUAUGUUAUUUACAUACAUGAGAGAAGAGGGGCUACGGAAUUUAGCAGGAAAGGACCUGCUAAAUAUUUUACCGUGAAUGGAAAAUGUUAGCACGUUUGACGUCCUGGUCCUGGAAUUCGUUACAUCUUUACCCUGAAGCAUGGACCCCACAUGCUGAGACGUCCUCGCUGGUACUGCGGUGGUCACAGCCUCCGCAAGUCAGCCGUCUCCAUUGACAUUUGCACUAAAGGUAUAAAUGGGGAGCAUGCGGGUUUGUUCAUACUUACAUUUUCUGUCCAGCUGCGUCCCUAGGUGGAGAUUUUUCCUUUCCUUCUGAGGUUCUCAUGUGACGUUUUCUUCACUGAAUGUGACUGCAAGACUUUGCCCAUGUGUUCUUGCCUUCUCUUUCAUUUUUGCCCCCUCUUGCAGAGUAGGAAAUGUGUAAGCGUGUUUUGUCACUUGCCGAAACAUUCAGGUUUGAAUUUCUUUUCAGCUCUGUUUUUUAAAAGAUUCGAUAUUCUGAAUAAGGCAUUUGAAUUGUACCAGCAUGGACCUUUUAGAAACUGGACGUAAAACCAUUUAGGGUGAUUUUUCUUGUCGGUGGACUGUGACGUACAGAGGAAAUCCCUGACUUCCAAUAGGAAGCCAUUCAGCCUGAGUUCCCUUCUGUGGUGAAUCUAGUCUAGCUCACGGUGAACGUGGCUUGUGCCACUCACACACCAGUGAAAGGGGCGUGUGUGACCCUGCGGCACCGGGCCAGGGGCCAUUCGUUCACAGGGUUAUGGAGAAGAGCGACACAUUUCCAAGGCCUUAUUUCUUUCUCAGCAUGCUUUAAGUGUUGAUUUUUUGUGCUGAGUCUCUGGAGAAGUUUUUGUUUGUUACAGUACUGCUGCUUUGAGCAGUUUUGUUUUUCUUCAUUGUCCUUUAGGGAGAUACCAGCUUUGGCAUCUUAACAACAAACGGUGGAUGGGAAAUUUUAUUUCUAAUAUGCAUCUUUAGAGUCAAAUACACCUUUUCCCUGUUACUCCUCACAUACAAGCAGAGAACAUACAUAAUGGAAAUUGUAUAAUAAUAUCUGGAAACAACAUUUUCCUCUGAGAGGUGACUUUUGUACAAAAUGCAAAAAAAAAAAAAAAAAACCCUAAACUUUCUCGUCAUUCUUUUGUGAUUAUGGCUAUACAUUUAGUAGUCUUUAUAGUUAUUAAAGGAACCUGCUGACAAAUGCAAGUCUGGCCAUCUCAUUCAGACGUUUGUUGUUAUGAUGCAAAUGGGUAUUGGUUUAAAUAGAAGCUGGAUCCUUAAUACUGCAUUUUCUGAAUUCUGUUUUAGUAUUUGUGUUAAAGUAGACAUAGCUUGAACUCAUGUGAAAUCUUGGAGUUUUGCUAUCGGCAGCUUUGUAGUUUGGGAAACAAAGAAACCAAAGCUGAAUAUUUAAAAGAAUGAGUAUAUAUGGAAAUCCUUGCUCUCAAAAAAAGACACUCAUCAAAAGUGUAGUUUUUCUCAGUGUUCUAAUUUUUAAAAAAUUUUAUCUGCAUAUUUGCAUCAAAUAUUUCUUUAUGUGCAAAUGUAUGUUUUACCUCCUUAAAAAUGCCUAAAAGUUAGUUAAUAGCUACUUUUGUUUAAUCUAUACAUGAUGAUUAAGUGCAUUUAAUAUUGGUAAUUUAAUGAAAAGCAUUCCUUGCCCAAUGGAUGUAUACAUUUUUGAAAGAAUAAGCAGAAUUAUAUAAUAUGAAAUGCUAUGUAAAGUUUUCUAUGUAAAAAUAUUAUGUAUAAUACUGUUAAAAUAAAUAUCCCAUGCUUUAAUCAGGUGG